GUUUCCACUGUCUAAGUUCUCAACAAUGUCGGACUCGCACAUGAAACAAAGCCAAUGCAUCAUACGUAGCAGCCUAUACCUCGGAGAAAUCUCAGCCGUCUGUUUGCUCCACUUCCCCUCUCAUCUCUCUUCCUUUCCUUAUCUCCUAGCCGGAACUGGUUCUCAAAUUCUUAUUUAUGAUCUAGAAUCAACAAAGAUGAUCCAAUCUUUUCAAGUCUUUGAAGGUAUUCGCGUGCAUGGACUCAUUUGUAGCUUGCCUGAUAAUACUUUAACUUGUAAAGUUGUUGUUUUCGGUGAAAAGAGGGUGAAUUUUUUUAACUUAAGCUCUGAAUCGGUGUCGAAGUCGAAAACCCAGAGUGAGUUUCGCGUGGACUUGAGCUUAAUUCAUUCUUUGCCGAGAUUUACUCAUUGGGUUCUAGAUAUUUUGUUCUUAAAGGACCAUUGUCUGCUAUAGGAUGCAGUGACAACUCUGUCCAUGUUUGGGAUAUGUUGAAGUCUAGUUUGGUUCUUCAAGUUCAAUCUCCAGAUAGGGCCUUUUGUAUUCCAUGCGAUUAUGGGGUGACAAUGUUGAGGCUCUUCGAAUUGCAUCUGGUACAAUUUAUAAUGAG